UAUUUUCUCAAGCCAUAGGCAACGCAAUGGCUUGAAUUGAGCUGGACGUGAGGUGAAGUAAAACGAUAGAUACGAUACAGAAAUCAGAUCAAGUUGCGAAUUUUAAUUUCGUGUACGUUGAAUUUGUUAGCGUUCUUAGAUCGGUUUGCGUGUGUUAAAAUUAUCAAUUUGUAAAUUUCUGCGGUGAUUUUAUAAUUUCUAGUAAUUUGUAAAAUAAAUAAUAAUUCGAGUUAUUUAGUUGCAUAUUUUCGGAUACCUACAGUAGUUCUUUUGGUUUCGUAUUUCGUUGAUGAAGAAUAGUGAAAUGUGUUGUUUUCGUUUUGAUAUCUUAUCGUUUUAAUAUCGAUGUGAUCUAUUAGAAAUUUUUAUUAAUAGAAAGUACGUGAAUAUGGUUUGUUUAAUUUGCAUUAUGUGAAGUUGAAGUUGCAGUUCGGAAAAAGGCAGUACAUUUCAAGUUAACUACAUCGUUGACAACAGUUCAAAAGACGAUGGAUUGCAAGAUGGAUAAGCACAAAUCGCGUAGAACGAAGCACAGCAGACCAGAAAGCGCGGGAAGUAGUUCGGAAACAGCUACGGAAAAUCAAGCUCAAAUAACUCAUAAACCGGUUAAGAAAAAACGCUCCAAAAAAGGAGGAAAUGACGGCGAUCACAACAGCGGUCGAUUCUCGUUCCGAUAUCUGCUUUAUAAUAAUCCACUAUAUCCGCAAAGGUUUAGAUUUAGAAAUCGCAAAUCCGUCGGUACUUCGACGGCAGAACUGAAUGAAUUAGAAAAAGGCAUUUCGACUGAAGAAAAAGAUGCCUCGAAUCAUUCCGAAAAGUCAGCCUGUAAUAAAUUUCUCACCGAUGGUAAAGUGGGCCGGAGCGAAGACUGUAAACUGCGAGAAUGUCCGUUAUGUUUAGCAGAUUUACCUAUAGAAUUUUUUCCAAAAUUGAUUAGUUGCCAGCAUCGUUCCUGCAUUGAUUGCUACCAGCAGUAUUUACGUAUCGAGAUUUCCGAAUCUAGGGUUAACGUCAUGUGUCCCGAAUGCCCGGAAAGCUUACAUCCUAAUGAUAUUAGAAUGGUGCUGAAUGAUCCGGUGCUGUUUGAGAAAUACGAAGAUUUUACGUUACGUAGAAUACUGGCAGUUGAUCCGGAUACUCGUUGGUGUCCUGCUCCUGAUUGCGGAUACGCGGUCAUUGCAAGUGGUUGUGCCAGUUGUCCGAAAUUAAGAUGCGAAAGACCGGGCUGCGGGUCGUAUUUUUGUUACCAUUGCAAAGCAGCGUGGCAUCCGAACCAAACGUGUGAUUCGGCUCGUGCUGAACGCUCGGCUAAUUUGCGAACGUCUACUUUUAGUCGUGAUUCUCAAAGUCGUGAAGAUAUAAAAUGCUGUCCAAUAUGUCGAGUUUUGAUCGUAAAAAUGGAUGAUGGCUCGUGUAAUCAUAUGACCUGUGCUGUCUGCGGCGCCGAAUUCUGCUGGCUUUGUAUGAAUGUUGUCGGCGAUUUGCAUUAUCUUAGUCCUUCCGGAUGCACAUUUUGGGGCAAAAAACCAUGGUCAAGGAAGAAGAAAAUCCUUUGGCAGUUGGGUAUUUUAGUCGGUGCCCCAGUUGGUAUUGCUCUCAUUGCCGGUAUCGCUGUUCCUGCUAUAAUUAUAGGUGUUCCAAUUUGGACUGGACGGAAAAUGUAUACGAGAUUUUUAUUCGCCAAAAGAUGCAGACGUAAUACGGCCAUCGUUACUGGCGUCAUUACUGCCAUAUUGGCUGCUCCUAUAUUGGCCACAUUGGCCGUUGCCAUCGGCGUUCCGAUCCUAUUAUUUUACGUUUACGGUGUAGUACCUGUAUCGUUAUGUCGAUCGAGCGGAUGCGGUGUGACGGCGUCGUCGAGCGGCGUACGAUUGGAUUUCGACGAACCGGAGUAUAUAAAUCAAAAUAUUCUUACGAAGGUGAGCGGCGGCAGUCAGGGCACAUCGACAGAAGCAGACGUAGUCAGUCAUAAAGAAGGUAAUCCGUCAAUUGGCGAAGCUUCGUUGUCGUUGGGCAGUGGAACCCAUUUGGAGCACUUGGGACGUGAACUGGAUCGCGAAUCUGCCAGUACGGUUGCGUUGGCUGGAAGCAUAUUAGCGCACAAAUUGGAAGUGCUAUCAGACGCUGUGACAGCUCAAAAUGCCUGCAACAAUGGCAGCGAAACGGCUUCCGAUCGAUCGGAUGUAGCCACCUCUUCAACCAGAGCAUUGCACGGUUCACUAUUGAAUUAUAAGACCGAUGCGUUGUCGACGCACAGUUACAGAUUGGCUGGCGGUAACGAAGGUGGAUCGACGUCCGCUGAACAGCGAAGCGAAGCUAAUCUAUCGCUUAGUUCGUUAGAAGAAUUGACUGCUUCUCUGGUACAGAGAGUUAGAUCUUUAAAACAGACGAGUGAAAGCUCCGAAGAUGGAAUCAAACUCGAAGAUGUGGUCACCGUUAAUCCGAAAUCCGAAACUAAUGAAGGUGCCAGCUCAAAACCAUCUCCGUCUAGGAACCUGUUACGAAAUUUAUUCUUCAACCUGACUUCAACAGCAACAGCUAUGCCAAUCGGUCAAACGUCAUCGAAGACCAUACCGUCAACGAAAACUUUCCAGGCGACUUCUGAGAAAACAGUAACAGCUAGUCUUCCUUCAGUUUCUGGCAUUUCUCGUAAAAAAAUAAUCGUAGACAAAGGUCGUAACGCGGGCAAAAAGUCGCCAUUUUUCUAAGAUGAAAAAUUCGUCUGUUUUUUAUCUGUGAUCUGUAAAUUUGCUUCGCUUUGCUUCUUUAUUUCCCCCUCUUCCCUGUCUCUUCUUUAUUUGUUUAUAUCUGAAUUUUCAAUUACGAUGAAUUUACUUCUCUUUAUUUUUUUUUCUUCUUUGUAUUUCUACGUUAUAAAUAAUUAUUUGUUUUUUCGAGUUUUUCUUUUUUUUUUGUAUUGGUACCGAAGUGUUCCAAAGAACGCUUUUUAUAAUGUGUAUUUAUCGUAUUCGCGAAUCGCUUUAUCGAAAUUGAUGCAUUUAAGCGAACAGAAAAUCGAGAAUUUACAGCUCAGUUAUAGAGACGUGUUUUUAUUAUUUUUUCAAACGCUGAUCUCGUGUUAUAAAAAUCUUAUUUUUUUUUUGUUUUUUUACAACGACGCAGUUUUUAUUUGUAAUAAUCGAGUUACAACAAGUGAUUAUCUUAGUGAUAAGUUUGUGAGAUGUAGAUUAGAAUUUUCGCGAAUCUUCCUCGUCUUAUUUGUAUCCGAAUUUGUCUGGUGACGAUAUAUUUUUUUUCUUCUUUUUUUUUCUCUUUAGGUUUUAAAGCUCUACGGUAUAAGUAUUUUUUUUUAUGUACGUGUGAACAAUGUAGUCAACGAUUUUUUUUUUGUUUUUAAAUUAUUUAAUCCGAGAUUCUACGAGUCAUGUGAUUCGUUUGGUUGAUUCUCGAUUCUUUUUUGUUUUCAUCUGAUGUGAAAUUUCGGUACGAUUUGGGUGUUUUUUUAUUCGUUUUUGGAGUAAUGUAUUUUUUUAUGAUUUUUCUCAAGUGCAAAGCAUUUUAAGCGAUUUUCGCUGAUUUAUUUUUUAAAUUGCGUGUUACAGAAAUUUGACGUUUUUUUGUUUGUUUUUUGUUUUUUUUUUUUGUGAAGAAAAUAAUUUAAAAUUUUAUUUCGAUUUUCGCUCGUAUUUUUGACGUGAGAGCUUUAGGCGAAAAGCAGACCUGGCAAUUUGAUUCGCCGAUAUUUUAUUCUCGUAAAUUUCAGUCAAUUUUCAACGUUUUUACGAAUAUUGUAUUAUUGAUUUUUUGAAAUGUUGAGUCUUAAUUCCAAAAUUUUAUUUUAUAUCUUUUUUUCUUCGUUUCUUUUUACAUUGAUUGUGAUUUUCUUGAUUUUUAUCGGUUUGAUAAAUUGUAAUAUGAUUACGGGUGUUCCAAACAUCCGCUCCUGCCCCCAAAAAAGGACUUUAUAACCAAAGAUUUUUAAUUGUUUGAAAAUUUUUGUUUUCUAAUUCUAAACAUUUGAUUCAAAAUCUUGAAAAUUUUUAAGAUAUUCAAUUAAUAAUUUUUAAGAAGCAAAAAAUUAAUUGUUGAAAAAAUUUAAUUCAAUUAAAAAAAAAAAAAAAUUAAAUUUGUUGUAAUUUUAAAAAAAAUUGAAAAAACGAAUUUUCAACCCAGAAUAACUAAUUUUUUGAAUAAAAAAAUUAAAAGUAAUUUUAGUGUUUGCAACACAAUUUUUUUAUUCCAAUUUUUUUUUGAAAAAAUUGCAUUUUGUAUUGUAUCACAUUAAACUGACAAAAUUGAAAAAAAAAUUAAUAUAUUUUUUCGAAUUUAAAAUAUUACUUCAAUAAUUUUUUUAUAUUAAAAUUUUUUGUGCAUUUUUAAAUAGGUUUUAUGACCCUUCCUCUCUCAACUCUCAACCCUUCCAUUUUCUUCUAACUCUAUCCUCGAAAAUCCUUCCCCUCUCCCUUGACUCCUUUACUAUCUCAAUUAGUACUUCUUCGAGCAUCUCAUCACAACGAUGUAGAACAAACUGAACGAAUCACUGAGAAAAAAUUUCCACCCACUUGAUUGUAAAUUUAACGAAUUACGAGUAUACAAAGAACUGAAAAAAAAAAUUAUAAUAUUCUCAUUGUGGCCGGAUAUGAGAACGUAGUCAUACAAACACCGCCUCCCCCUGCCCCCGAAUUCCCCUAAUAAAAUACUUGUACGAUACAAAUAGUCAUAUUAUUUUUUUUUUUCGUCUAAAUAACGAGUAAUUUUUUGUAUAGAUAAGAAAGUAUAGAGGUGUUUCUUUUUUUUUAUUUUUUAUUAUUUUCUUUCUUCUUCUUUUUUUUUCAUAAUGUGAGAAUUAUUAAUGGAUAUUUUACGACUCGAUCUCAAUUCACAAUGACGGAAAACAAGCAUGGUAUUUUUGGAGUUGUUUUUACGCGUUGGUGUAAUUAAAGUCUGUUUAUUAUCAUAUUGCAUAAAUAUAAUAUUAUGUAUUGUAUAUGUACCUACGAUAUAUUUUAAUAUUAUUUCGAACGCUUUUUAUAAUUGUGUCGUUUUAUCCUCUUUGUAUAAAUGAACUAUGAAUUAACUAACGAAAAAGCACUGCUAACAUUCCUCGCAUUUUUCUAUAAAAAAAAAAAAUUAUUAGACUGAAAAGAAUAUUGCGAGGAGGGUUAAACGGCGCUCGACGAUGUUUUCGCAGUUUUGUUUUUUUUUUCUAUCUUUCUCUCUGUGUUAUUAUUUAAAUGUGGAAAAUAUUCAUUUAAUACGAAAAGUUGAUUUCUUACAUAAUUUCAGAAGUAAAAGAUCGUUACUUUGAUAUAGUUGUUUUUCGAUAAAUUUGGCUUUAAUGAAUGAAAAAAAAAAUUGGUGUAUUUCCUAAUCCUGUUGUUUAUGCUUAUAUCUGUCUGUAUUGUAUUUUUUUUAUACGUUUAUUUACAACAACUGCAUCGCUAUAGGUAAUCUAUAAAUAUUAUUUUUAAACGUAGAUACUGUGAAGUGAGGGGAGGUUUGAACUUUAAACAAUCUGUAUUUUGUCACGUGAGUUGAAAGUUUGAAAAAUUCAAGUGUGGUUACUCGUAUUAUUUGUGUAAAAGAUUUUGAAUUUGAAAAAAAAAAACAAAUGUUUCAUCUUGUUUUGAUUUUAAAAAUUGUUCCUAUAAAAUUCCAAAGUGUGCUAUUUUUUGAUUUGCUGCGCAAAUUAUUUCGGUUCAUUCAAGUUUUGAAAAAUGGUAAGAGAAUUAUAAACCUUUUUUUCUCAACAUUCAACUCGAAAUUUACCGAUGAGUUCAAUAUCACCCUACUUUACCGUAUUUGAAUUAACGUGUACGAGAUGGAAAAUAUAUUAUUUGCAUGAAAAAUA